GGAAAGCAAAUUGAGAUGUAUGAUGAGCUAAAAAUUGUUUGUGGAAAUUAUCAUGCACCUAGUCGGUGGGCCAAGACUAAGGAUGGGAGCCAUCCAACUGAGAUUAAGAACUGUGAAGAUGAUUCUGCAUCAUUCCUUUCACCAAGUACUGAAGAUGUAAGUGAUACAGAUGGAACAGAAUCAUAUACUGGAUCCCCAGAGUAUAUGCAAGAUGGUAGUCAAGAUCCUCCUCUUGUACCACCUCUGAGACAACUUCCGAAACGAUCUCGUGGCUCAGAGGCCCUUCAGGAUGCCAUGUUGGCCGUUGCAUCUAGCAUGCGACGCUUAGCUGAUGUCUUGGAACGUAGAAAAACUGCAAUCAAUGCCUCAGAACUGUUGGAGGCUGUGAUGAAGAUCGAUGGUCUGGAAGAGGCAAAACAGAUGUAUGCUUUUGAGUAUUUGAACGCAGAUCCUAUUAAAGCCAGAGCCUUCAUGACAUACAAUGCUCGAAUGAGAAAGAUAUAUUUAUUUCGACAGUUUUGGUGGUGGAAAUGACUAGGGUCUUGGGAUAUCUUGGUGAAUGUGUAGAUAUUAGAUGUUCUCAAGGUUAGCAUUUAUGGCUAGAAUUCGAUGACGCAGAGAAAAUGUUUCCAGAAGACAUUUCCAGCAUAUGUUCCAAAGUGAAGCUAGUUGUAGAUGUAAGGUUAUCAUCUUCAUUUCUUAAUUUUCUCUAUGUUUUCUUGCAACAAUGUACUUGUGGACAUUCAUCUUGUGGCUCCCUAGUAUGAAAUUGCAUGUGCAUGGGGCUGCUGCCUACUGUUUUCAGUUA